AUGGCUAGAAAAGUUCAAGUUGGAUUCGGCGUCGAUGUCGACGCUGUAGCUGGCUGGCUUGGGUCCUAUGGAGGGGAAGAUUCCCCUUUGGACAUUUCACGAGGAAUGUACGCGGGAGAAGUUGGAGUGCCUCGCCUUCUCAAGCUGUUUGAUAAGUAUAAGAUCAAAACCACCUGGUUCAUCCCCGGUCAUAGCUUGGAGACGUUCCCGAAGCAAAUGGAAGCAGUUCGAGAUGCCGGUCACGAAAUAGGUCUUCAUGGGUAUUCACAUGAGAACCCCGUCUCUAUGACUCUGGAACAACAGCGGGACAUUUUGGACCAUACCUUUAAGCUUCUUACGGAUUUCAACAACGGUGUCCCUCCGAAGGGCAGCGUCGCCCCAUGGUGGGAAACCAGCAAGGAGGGAACGACGUUGUUGUUGGAAAAGGGCAUUGAAUAUGACCACUCCAAUAUGUCCCAUGAUUCGCAGGUGUAUUAUCUUCGUGAUGAAGAUACAUGGACGAAGAUCGAUUAUCAGGCGCAAGCUCACUCGUGGAUGAAGCCACUGCAAAAGGGCAAAGAGACUGGGCUAGUCGAGAUUCCUGCUAACUGGUACCUUGAUGAUCUUCCACCCAUGAUGUUCAUUAAGUCAAACUCGAACUCGCAUGGUUGGGUCAGCACUCGAGAUGUCGAGCAGCUUUGGAAAGAUACAUUCACUUACCUGUAUAGGGAAGAGAAGGAUUUCGUAUUUCCCAUCAGCAUCCACCCGGACGUCAGCGGUCGUCCACACGUACUCCUGAUGCUGGAGCGUUUCAUUGAAUGGGUCAAUACUCACGAUGGCGUGCAAUGGUUAACCUUCUAUGAAAUGGCUCAAGACUUCAGAGCUACACAGGAUCCAGUACCAGGCGCUGUCAUGCCUAAGGGCUUCCAGAAGGCCUAA